UAAGCAAUCAUGCUUUUUGUGUAAAAUUCAAAAGUCAGCAUUUUGGCAUUCACGCCUCUGCCUCUCUGGUAUAAAAUCAGAGUUAAUCUUGACAUCUAUUUCCAUCAUCAUUCAUUCAUUCAUUCGUUCAUUAGCAGCAACAAUAUAAGUAAAACAAUGAACGGCUCGGAGCCCAUCAAGUACCCCAACGACGACCUUUCAUCAUCAUCAUCAUCAUCAUCAUCGGCUGAGAAAUGGGGGACCAACGUAAUGGGGACACCGGCAGUUCCUACAAGCCACCCCAACAACCAGAAGGCCGCUUUUUGGGGGGUUGCCGACCCAAACCACCAUCAGCCAUACAUGCAGUACACCCCUGUCGAGAGAAGUAGCGGUCCCUUUGACUCCGUUCUCCAGAAAUUCAACUCAUGGACCUCCAAGGCCGACUCCACUGCCCACAACAUCUGGCACAACCUUAAAACAGGAACAUCCGUAUCGGGAGCUGCUUGGGGGAAAAUGAAUCUGAGGGCAAAGACAAUAACAGGAGGUGGAUUCGAGGCCCUUUACAAGCAGACGUUCUCCACCUCAAUUCAUAUUAAUAACGAAACUCUCAAGAAAACAUUUGCAUCUUAUUUGUCCACAUCUACCGGUCCAGUUGCAGGCACCCUCUAUCUCUCCAAUUUCCACCUCGCCUUCUGCAGUGAUCGCCCCUUGUCCUUCACUGCACCUUCCGGCCAACAGACCUGGAGCUAUUACAAGAUUCUGAUACCACUAGCAAAGAUUGGAAGCAUAAACCCGGUGAUAAUGAGAGACAACCAAAGUGAGAGAUAUAUACAGGUUGUCUCUACAGACGGCCAUGAUUUCUGGUUCAUGGGUUUUGUCAAUUAUGAGAAAGCUACAAACCAUCUGUUCGAUGCCAUUUCAACUUCUUCAAUUCCGGUGGUGGCACAACCACCACUUCAUCCUCCUCAGCAGCAUACCCACAAUGUCGAUUAUUCAUCCUCCCCCCAACAACAUUGACCUUCAUAUUCAUUUAUUAAUAAAUUUCUUUCAUUUGUUGUAUACUAUUAUUUGCUUGUUCCACUUUGUGAUUUUCCUUUCAUUGUCAUGAUUGAUAACUAGGAUUGAGAUCUUGUAAUUGUUCGCACGCAAUAAAAUACACAGCUAUUGUCUUUUGAUAUUUAUGCU